AUGAUAAAUAUUGGAAAUAUAGUAACUAGAGUGUGGCGCAUAUUUUUUGAUAAUCGACUAUCAGUGGUAUUGACUAAACUUGAAGAAAUUCAUGAAAAAUUAAUACAUCUGAAUGUGGUCAGAACAAUGAAAAUAAAAAAUAAUUGGCUUUUUAUUACUGGAAUUAUUGUGCAUUUUCUUGCAAGUAAUGCACUUGUGGUCAAAUGGAAUAUAAGGAGCUGGUUCCACUACAAGGACACAAAAAUGGCAAUUUCUGUGGCCAUGUAUUUGGUUUCAGUGGUGUGUGAAUGUGCUGCAUUUUAUGAAUACAUACUACUAAUAUUAUACAUCAGAUGGAUAGUGUACAUCAUAAAUGAACAAAUACUGUUAAGACAUUCAACAAUCAGUACCCUGAGGGAUAUGUAUUUGGAAGUUAUCGAUUACUUGAUCGUUAUCAAUAGAUCAAUAUACGGUUUGCCGGUAAUAUCGACUAUUAUUGCGACAAACAUUGGAAGACUGUUUUAUGAAUUUUAUAAUCAUAUACUUUUUCCUGUACCAGCAUACGAAGGUGAAGAGCUAAUAACACUAACCAUAAGUCUAUCAAUAUGUGUUUUUGAUAUCAUUGUGCUAUACGGAAUUGGUCAUGCAACGGAACAAGAGAUAAAUCGGGUGAGUCUCGUGUUUACACAACACAUUUUUUUUUCGACUGAAUGUAAGUUAUUUUUUACUAUAAUAAUUUCUACACCUUUCCUUAGGAUACGUGGGAAUCAUAAAUAA